AUGAAUGUGAACCACGAAGAGGCACCAGCCUCUUACGAUGACAUUGGGGUUGGUGAUGCAAAUCCAGAAGUGCAAAAAUGCGUCAAUCGAAUCUACAAUGCAUCUGGCAAGUAUCCCUGGGACUGGCUGCCACGCGAUUACGUUCCCAAGGUCGCCGCCUGGGGGACCAACGCCGCGCGGAACCUUGCCGUUGCCGUUGAAGCUGUUCACGCCCCUGGAUCCACGGUUAGCAUGGAAGAAUUGCGUGAGUUCCUGGUACAAAAGGCCAAGGAGCGCCAGGAAGUGAGCAAGAAUGGCAAGCCAGUCAAACCCACCAUGAACUCGGAUUGCGCCAAGGCUAGAAAGUGGAUUGAAGACAACAUGGUCAACUCCCAAAGCACAUCGGAACAGAACAAGCACAAACGUUCGGCCCAUGAUGGUGCAUUUAGUAAAGCGAGACCAAGUACAUGGCGCGGGCUCACUAUCGCUCAAAAGAAGCAGCCCCAAGACAAGCUUGACGACGAUGAUGAUCAUGAAGACGAUAACGAUCCAUUCCCAGGGAUUGACUUCAGCAGAGAAAUGAGUGUUCUCAGCGAUAUCAGCAACGUGAGCAGUGCAAUCGGUCCCUCCGAUCGGCGUCAACACUCCCCUCCGCCGCCGCCGGAUCGGACUUGGACUCAGAAGCGGGACAUGCCUCCUCCACCUUCGCCAGUCCCCAGCAAACGCUCGCGCCAGGUCGAACAAUUCCUAUCGAGCAAUAUCAAUGACACCAAUGGAGCAUCCAGCCUAGUCGAUGCCGACGCUGAGGAAGAAGCCUGUCUCAGGCAAGGUGAAACGAUGAUGUUCUAUGCUAUCAAUCGCAGCCUACGGACCGCAUGUGAAAGGAUUGAUGCAGCUGAAUUCUGGAGCAACGUAUACAACCUGGAGAUACACAGUACCCGGAUGAACUUAACUGCAAUCGACAUGGAGGUCAGACACGUCCUCCAAAAAGCCACUAGAGACCGAGACGAAAAGCAAGAGAAAGUGAGGCAACUAGGCGAGGAAAAGAACACCCUUAGCACGGUGAUCGAGAAUCAGGGUGGGAAGUGUUCAGACACUCUGCAGGCCAUGUACGACGGCUUUAUCCUGGAAUAUGAGAACGCGCAGAAAGAGCUUGAGAAUGCCCAAAACACUUUGAAAGCGAUAGAAGAGGAAAGUCAGAAGAACAAGCAACAUCAAGAUGGACAAGACAAGAUCGCAUCUCUGGAGAAGGACAUUGCCAAACAAGAAGAGAUCAUCAAGCGGGCGAUGAGGAGGAAGUUAGCACUCGAGACGGUCCGGUGUAAUGUGGAUUUGGACAAAUUUCUAUCUGCUCCUUACGAAGUGCUAUGCCAAGAUCACGAAGCAGCCAUGAAAAGGCAAGAGUACUUGUCGUAG